UUUUUUUUUUUUUUUUUUUUUUUUGACAGUCUCAUUCUGUCACCCAGGCUGGGGUGCAAUGGUGUGAUCUCAGCCCACUGUAACCUUCACCUCCUGGGUUCAAGCGAUUCUCAUGCCUCAGCCUCCUGAGUAGCUGGGACUAUGGGUGCAUGCCACCAUGCUGGGAUACUUUUUGUAUCUGUAGUAGAGACAGGGUUUUGCCAUGUUGGCCAGGCUGGUCUCAAACUCCUGGGCUCAAGCGAUCCACCCACCUUGGCCUCCAAAGUGCUGGGAUUAUAGGCAUGAGCCACCACGCCUGGUCAAGUCUUCUCUCUUUCAAGCCAAACACCUCCAGUUUCCUCCAGGCUGUUCUUUACUCUGAAGUAACUUUACCUAAGUGAUGAGUCCUAAUUUGUUCACUUUCCACUUUGAAUUUACUAAGAGUGCUACUUGGAGGUGAACAGGACAUUCUGGAUGUAGUCUAAGUGGGACAGAGUAUCAUGAAACUUGUUCUGGGUGCCAUUUUUUUUUUAUUCCAACCCAGAAUUGUGUUACCUUUUGUGGCUGGCAUAUCAUGCCUAUUGAGGAUUUUUGCUUCCUAAGUUGUCUCUUUAUAUGUCUGUAUGUGUGCCUGUGUGUGUAUUUGUGAAAUUAACUUUCCUCUGCAGGAAUAAAUUACGUAUCUUUUUCUGAGUAUGCCACAGGUCACCUGUGUGUAUUUCAAAAUACAGUCAUGGGCUGCAUAAUGAUGUUUCUCUCAAUGAUAGACUUUGUAUACAAUGGUGGCCCCAUAAGAUUAUAACAACAUAUUUUUACUGUACCUUUUCUAUGUUUAGAUACACAAAUACUUACCAUUGUGUUACAGUUGCCUACAGUAUUCAAUACAGUAGCAUGUGAUACAGCUUUGUAGCCUAGGAGCAAUAGGGUGUAUCAUAUAGCGUAGGUGUGUAGCAGGCUAUCCCAUCUAGGUUUGUGUGAGUACAUUUUCUGAUGGUCACACAGUGACAAAAUUGUCUAACGACACAUUUCUCAGAACAUAUUCCUGUUGUUAAAUGGUACAUGAUUGCAUGUCCACGAUUGUUUGAUAUUCCUCCCUUCUAGAAGUAGAGCGUAAUUCUUGCCUUGAAUGCAGCUGGACUUUGUGAUUUGUUUCUAGUAAAUAGAAAGUAGCAAAAAUAAGAAAUACCUUUCUAGGGUAGGUCAUAAGAGACACUGUAGCUUCCAUCUUGUUCUCCAUCUUGUUCUGGGGGAAGCCAGCUGCCGUGUCAGGAAGCAGCCUUUUCAAGGGGGCCACACGGAAGGAACUGAGGCCUCCUGUGAACAGGCAGGGUCUUCCUCUGUCACCCAGGCUGGAGUGCAGUGGCAUGAUCAUAGCUCACUGCAGCCUUGAAGUCCUGGACUCAGGUAUCUUCCCACCUCAGUCUCUUGGCCUGCACUGCCCAAAGUCUUGGAAACUUGCUGGAUAUGAUGUACCGGGAGCCAGCACGAUGGUCCUACACAUUCCAGACAUUUUCCUUUUUGAGCCGCCUGAAAGUACAGCUGGAGCCCUUCCCUGAGAAACUCUUACAGGCCAGGAAGCCAGUACAGAUCUUUGAGAGGUCUGUGUACAGUGACAGGUAUAUCUUUGCAAAGAAUCUUUUUGAAAAUGGUUCCCUCAGUGACAUCGAGUGGCAUAUCUAUCAGGACUGGCAUUCUUUUCUCCUGUGGGAGUUUGCCAGCCGGAUCACAUUACAUGGCUUCAUCUACCUCCAGGCUUCUCCCCAGGUUUGUUUGAAGAGACUGUACCAGAGGGCCAGGGAGGAGGAGAAAGGAAUUGAGCUGGCCUAUCUAGAGCAGCUGCAUGGCCAACACGAAGCCUGGCUUAUUCACAAGACAACGAAGCUCCACUUUGAGGCUCUGAUGAACAUUCCAGUGCUGGUGUUGGAUGUCAAUGAUGAUUUUUCUGAGGAAGUAACCAAACAAGAAGACCUCAUGAGAGAGGUAAACACCUUUGUAAAAAAUCUGUAACCAGUACCAUGAUGUUCAGGCUGUGAUCUGGGCUCCCUGACUUUCUGAAGCUAGAAAAAUGUUGUGUCUCCCAACCACCUUUCCAUCCCCAGCCCCUCUCAUCCCUGGAGCGCUCUGCCGCUCAAGGGCUGGUUUGUUAAUUACUGUUAGACUUUGCCAUUGUUUUCUUUUGUAUCUGAAGCAUUUUGAAAAUAAAGUUUACUUAAGUUUUGCUUGUUUUUCUAA